CCGGUGACGCUCCUGUUUCCCAUAAUUCAGAGAGACAAACAAAAAGCCCCUGGUCGCGUCUUUAUAUCAUUAAGUCAUAAAUAACUCCGUAAUCAUUAUUUUGAGACAUUUUAAAAACACAGUUUUAAAUACACCUGAGCUUUUUUAAUUUACUGUUUGACAUAAUCAGUGUAAAUGUAUUGAGCUGUCGUAAGGAUGUGUUCUCAUAGAAGCCUCCGAGGAGCAUGUCACUGAUCCUGUUUGCCUUUGUGGUCCGGGUCAGGGAUGGACUCCCUCUCACCGCCUCCACUGAUUUCCUGCAUAACAAGGAACUUCAGGAGAGAAAGCAACAGCUGAAAGUGAUCUCAAAAUCCCUAAGUUUAUUACCAGAGAGAGGGACAGUCAGGGGCCAUGAACUCAACGUUCACUUCCUCUCAUCCGAGGGUGUGUCGUACAUGACCGUAUGUGCAUGCAGUCUCCCCGCUGCCACGGCCUUCUGCUUCUUGGAAGAUUUGCGCUGGGAAUUCACAGCAUGCUUCGACAACUCUGCAGUGACCCUGGCAAGCAGGCCGUACCCAUUUCUGGAGUUUGAUAGUGCCAUUCAAAAACUCCAGCAGCAUUAUAACCAUAAAGGGGGUCCAUCUCUGGAGGUGACCCUGGCCGAGGUGCAGGAAGACCUCAGGACCAGCCCCCCUCAGGUUCUCACCAUGGAGGACGUGGCACUCACCAAUGGAGCAGCCAAUGGGCAUGUAGAACAAGCAGCUGCGUCAGGUCAAAGUCAGAGAUUGGAACCAAUCUCAGCACCAGGGAUCCUCUCACUGGUUCUUAACAUCAUGUGUGCUGCCCUCAACCUUAUACGUGGUGUUCACCUUAUUGAAUACAACUUCCAGGAUGAUUAUGAUGGUUUGUGGAAUGUGGUGGCUUUUCUUUUGGCAUUUCUCUGCUGUGUUUGCCAGUGUCAUCUGUACUUGUUCCAUACCUGCCAGAAGAAAUUGAAAGCCUUCACUCUCCUGACUCUCAUCAUCUUAUGCAAUGCUUUUCUCUUUGGCCCGAGGAACAUCUGGCAGCUGGUCUUCCACAUGUCCGUGGCCUGCCUCUCCACGCUGCUAACCCUCCACCGCAAACUGCUGGACAGGAACAUGGACUGUGGAGUAUGAGGACUUCAGGAGUAGGGUGAGAUACUAGCAGAAUGGAGGAGACUUUUUACUCAUGAACUGGUGGCUCACGUGAACUGACAUUGAUUUUCGCUUUAGCUCUUGUUGGAUCUAAUGGUAUGAUGUUUAUUUUGUAUUACAUGGAUGGUGAGUGCAAUGAUGUGUUUUACAGGGGUCUUCAAAUACAUUGAUG